ACUUUCAUUUAUAAAAAGAUAUCACCAAAAUGUCUUCUUUGACUAAACCAAAGUCUGAAAUGACUCCUGAGGAAUUAGCAAAAAGGGAAGAGGAAGAAUUUAACACUGGACCACUUUCAGUAUUGACUCAAUCUGUGAAAAAUAAUACACAAGUUUUAAUCAAUUGCAGAAAUAACAAAAAAUUAUUAGGUAGAGUAAAAGCAUUUGAUAGACAUUGUAACAUGGUUUUAGAAAAUGUAAAAGAAAUGUGGACUGAACUUCCACGUACUGGAAAAGGAAAGAAAAAGGCAAAACCAGUAAAUAAAGACAGAUUUAUUUCAAAAAUGUUUCUAAGAGGAGAUUCUGUAAUUCUAGUUUUACGAAAUCCAUUAGCCACAGCAUCAGGAAAAUAA